GUUCUCUUAUCCUCUUUUUAUAUUGCCAUGUCGGAAACCGCUCCCGCCGAGACGGCUUCGCCGGCUCCUGUGGAGAAGUCUCCCGCCAAGAAGAAAACCGCAAAGAAGGGGGCCGGCGCGGCGAAGCGCAAGGCCACCGGCCCCCCCGUGUCAGAGCUCAUCACCAGAGCUGUAGCCGCCUCCAAGGAACGCAAUGGUCUCUCCUUGGCCGCUCUGAAGAAAGCGCUGGCGGCCGGAGGCUACGACGUGGAGAAAAACAACAGUCGCAUCAAGUUGGGACUCAAGAGCCUCGUGAGCAAGGGUACCCUAGUGCAGACUAAGGGCACUGGCGCCUCUGGCUCCUUCAAGCUCAAUAAGAAGGCGGCUUCGGUAGAGGCGAAGCCCAAGGCAAAGAAGCCGAGCGCGGUGAAGACUAAGAAGCCUGCGGGAGCGACACCCAAAAAGCCCAAAAAGGCGGCGGGCACCAAAAAGGCCGUGAAGAAGACUCCGAAAAAGGUAAAGAAAACGACAGCGACUGGCGUCAAAAAGGUGGCAAAGAGUCCCAAAAAGGCGAAGCCCACUGCCAGGCCAAAGAAGGCGGUGAAGAGCCCUAAGGCAAAACCUGUAAAGCCAAAGGCGGCCAAGCCCAAGACAACCAAGACGAAGGCGACAACUAAGCCCAAAGCUGCUAAAGCAAAGAAGGCAACCUCCAAAAAGAAGUAGAAAGUUUGUGCGUGCGAACCCACACGACAACCCCAAAGGCUCUUUUCAGAGCCACCUACAAAUCUUGCAGAAAGAGCUGCGCUUAAA